AUGUUACAUCUAAAGAAUAUAGCUAAAUCAGUAGUGCCGCCUCUCAAAAACACUAUUCAAAAUGAGGCAGUCAAUAAUAUGCUAAAGAUCGCGCCUGCAGCAGUUAAUGUUUGUUGCCGUCAUGUCCAUGAUAUCCCAGACAGGCUGAAAGAUAUACCGACCAGUGCAAAUCCUAGAUUUUUUGACAUGGUGGAGUAUUUUUUCCAUCGGGCGUGUCAAGUCGUUGAAGAUAAAUUAGUCGAUGAUAUGAAAUCAAGGGUUUCCAUUGAAGAGAAAAAAAAGAAGGUGACCGGUAUCCUGAACUUAAUGCAGCCAUGUGAUCACAUUAUUGAGAUCCAAUUUCCAUUAAGACGUGACUCUGGCGAUUAUGAAAUGAUUUUAGGCUAUCGUGCUCAGCAUUCCUCUCACAGGACCCCAACAAAAGGAGGUAUACGAUUCUCAACGGACGUGACGAGGGACGAAGUAAAAGCCUUGUCCGCUCUGAUGACCUUCAAGUGUGCGUGCGUCGACGUGCCCUUCGGUGGCGCCAAGGCCGGCAUCAAGAUCAACCCUAAGGAAUACUCUGAACACGAACUUGAGAAGAUCACACGACGAUUCACUUUGGAGCUCGCCAAGAAGGGAUUCAUUGGGCCCGGCAUCGACGUCCCAGCCCCGGAUAUGGGCACAGGCGAACGUGAGAUGUCCUGGAUUGCAGACACUUACGCCAAGACCGUCGGUUUCCAAGACAUCAAUGCUCACGCUUGUGUUACUGGCAAGCCUAUUAACCAGGGUGGUAUUCACGGAAGAGUGUCAGCUACUGGCAGGGGUGUAUUCCACGGCUUGGAGAAUUUCAUCAAUGAAGCAAACUACAUGAGCAUGAUUGGCACUACACCCGGUUGGGGAGGCAAGACGUUCAUCGUACAGGGCUUCGGUAACGUCGGCCUUCACACUUGCCGCUACUUGGUCCGCGCCGGCGCUACGUGUAUAGGAAUUAUCGAGCACGAUGGAGCCAUCCACAACCCUGACGGCAUUGACCCUAAGGCUCUAGAAGACUACAGAAUUGAAAACGGCACAAUCGUCGGCUUCCCCGGCGCGAAGCCCUACGAGGGCGAGAACAUGUUGUACGAGAAGUGCGACAUCCUGGUGCCCGCCGCCGUGGAACAGGUCAUCCACAAGGAAAAUGCACACAAAAUUCAGGCUAAGAUCAUUGCCGAAGCCGCCAACGGGCCGACCACGCCGGCGGCGGACAAGAUCCUCAUCGAGCGCAACAUCCUGGUGAUCCCCGACCUGUACAUCAACGCGGGCGGUGUCACCGUCUCGUUCUUCGAAUGGCUCAAGAACCUCAACCACGUGUCUUACGGACGUCUCACGUUCAAAUAUGAACGUGAAUCUAAUUACCAUCUUUUGGAAUCCGUCCAAGAAUCGCUAGAGAGACGUUUCGGCCGCGUCGGGGGACGCAUCCCUGUCACCCCCUCCGAGUCCUUCCAGAAGAGGAUCUCCGGUGCCUCUGAGAAGGACAUCGUGCACUCUGGACUCGAUUACACUAUGGAGAGGUCGGCUAGGGCCAUUAUGAAGACAGCCAUGAAAUUCGACCUGGGUCUAGAUCUGAGAACCGCGGCAUACGCCAACUCCAUCGAGAAGAUCUUCACGACGUACGCGGACGCCGGCCUCGCGUUC